UUCACCUGAAUAUCUAUCAGUUGAAUACUAAGAUGAAGAGAGCCUUUGCAACAAGCGUCUUGUUGACCUGUUUGGUUGCCGGGAUACUCGGCAAGCCAUUAACUAAGGAACGUCCCAUGAGGAAGCUGGAAUUCAACGGUCAAGUCGUUUACGUGCCCGUUGCAGAGAAAUUGGCUGAUCCAUUCUCAAGCACGAUACCUGGUGAUGAACAGAAGACGGAUAUGAUCCUGAACGAAGAACAGAAAGAAUAUAUUCGGCAGCAGAAAGAGGAACACAAAGAUGGACGAACCAAGAGGAAGGCCGUGAGGGAUGUUUUGAAAAGAUGGACCAAAGUCGGUGGGGACGUCAUUGUGCCAUUCACCAUGGAUAGCCCAACUGAUGAUGUACCAUAUAUCUACGAAGCAAUGGAUCAUUGGUCGACUAAGACAUGUGUGAAGUUUGAAACUUACUCUUCGGAUCGUUCCUCAACACUGGGUCACAACCAGAGGCUUCGUUUCCAUAAGGCGGAUGGGUGCUGGUCAUACGUCGGUAGGCAACCUACAAACCGGAUGCAACCACAGCCUAUAUCAAUUGGAACAGGGUGUUUAGAGUUGGGAACCAUCGCUCAUGAGAUCGGGCACGCAAUGGGAUUCCAACAUGAGCAGUCGAGACCAGACCGCGACGACCAUGUCGAAGUUUUUUGGACCAACAUCGAGACAGAUCAACAAAACAAUUUUGAAAAGGAGUCACUUGAAGACGUUAUGGCUAGCGAAGUAGUCAAAUAUGAUCUCAAAUCUGUCAUGCAUUACGGACCAUACGGAUUCGCCAUCAAUGAAAACAUACCGACGUUGGUAACAAAGCGACCAUUCGACAUGCAGUACAUCGGUCAAAGGUCUGGUCUCAGUUUCUACGAUGUCAAAUUAGCAAACUAUAUCUACAACUGUAAUUCUACUUGUGACCCCCUUCUGGACUGCGCCAACGGAGGCUUUGUAGACAAAACAUGCACAUGUCAAUGCCCCCCUGCUUGGACGGGGGCGCUCUGCAACGAAAACUCAAAUGUACCCGAAACAGUUACUGAGACCACUAGAACUGAGCCAUCUGGGGAGAUCACAUCCCCUGGCUAUGAAUCUGGACAGUACUCCAUAAACUCAGCCAGCAUGAUUUAUAUCGUUGGCCAACCUGGAGCUACGAUUACAUUAACGUUUGACGCAUUCGAUAUGGAAGCUCUAGACAGUGGCAGGUGUUGGGACUACGUUCAGGUCAACAGUGAUGACCCGCGAUACGGAGGCGAGAAGUAUUGUGGAAACCAAAUACCAGACCCAAUCGUAGCAACAGAAAGCAUUAUGAUCUGGUUCUACUCCGACGAAACAAAUACCGACAAGGGAUUCAGGGCCCAUUUUACCAUUGAUCAACCACUAACCGAAGCACCUGUCGAAACUACCAGAGCACCAACCACACCUGCCGUAACUACCACAGCACCAACCACACCUGCAGUAACUACCAAAGCACCAACCUCACCUGCAGUAACUACCAAAGCACCAACCACACCUGUAGUAACUACCGAAGCACCAACCACACCUGUAGUAACUACCAAUGCACCAACCGAAGCACCAACCACACCUGUCGUAACUACCAAUGCACCAACCGAAGCACCAACCACACCUGUAGUAACUACCAAUGCACCGACCGAAGCACCAACCACACCUGUCGUAACUACCAAAGCACCAACAAGUGAAGCGCCACUGAGUACCUUAACAUCCCCAAACUACCCGAAUGCUUACAAUGCGAAGCAAAAGAAAGUCUACCGCCUUACUACUGCUGUAGGCAAAAAGAUUUAUCUAAAGAUCGAUGAAAUGGAUAUUGAAGAGGGCAGUAAUGGAUGUAACUAUGACGUCCUUAUCGUCGAUCUCGGAGGUACUGACGAGGUUUUGCAAACACGACUGUGUGGAACCAGGACUAACGUUGGUCCAUUCGAAUCCGUGUCGAACAAAAUGGAGCUGACACUCAUCACCGAUGGAUACGUAGAGAGGAAAGGCUUCAAGGCAUCCUACAAGAGUAUCACAGAAUCCACAUGCGGUGGAACCUUCGGUGGGGAGUCCGGUAUAGUCGAGUCACUCAACUACCCCAUACACUACCCCAACCAGAUACUCUGUGAUUACGUCAUUCAGGUAGAUCCUGGAAAGGUCAUUAGGUUGACAUUCAAUGAUUUGGACGUGGAAUAUGGACCUAAUUAUCUUUGCCAGUAUGACUGCCUAAAGGUGAUUCAACUGAACCAAAAUGACCAAGAAGAGACACUAUUGAGCCUGGACGGGACGUCUCCACCAUCCCCAAUUGUGUCUCGGACCAACCAGCUCACUCUUCGCUUAUCAUCUGAUGCGUAUGUUGGAGGCAAAGGUUUCCAGGUUUCAUAUCUUGCUAUCUAAUUCCUCAGUCACAUCUUCAAAUCGACUCUAAACUGACUCUAAACCGACCGGUUUUCACUCCAUCAUUAUGACCAUGCGGUCGGUCUGUUCUCAGUGUGGAGUCGGUCUCGCUGGUGUGACUAUAGGCUAUUGAUAAACAUGGACAUAAUAACGAGCAGACUUUCAUCAUUUCUUCUUAACUGUUGAACGAUUAAUUGUUUAAGCUAAAUUAUAUUUGAAAUUCUAUUCUGUACUACCUUAGGAGGGCAUUUAGAUAUUUUAGAAGAGAAUAUUGUUAAUAUAAAGGGGGUUGAUCCUUCAUUAUAACAUUAGUCUGAGUGGAAGAGGAAGUAUUGAACAAAAUGACCAAAAAAAUAUAUUUACAAAAAAGCUUUAAAUCUUUUUAAAGGCCAAGGACAAAUAAUUAUCAUGAAGAAACUCCGAGCGGAAAUUCAGCCAUGUUUGAUAUCAUAAACGGAGACAAAUCCCUAGAUUUAUUGUGUAAAUCAUUUUCAAAUUUAUUUACAUACCAAUACUAAAUUCGUGAUGGAACACAUAUAUUUCACAUGGUGUUUUAAAGAUAACAUAUUGUUAUACCCUCUUAUGUGAAAUAUAAUCACUCUAUCAUAAAAUUAAGAAUGAUAAUAAUGUUGUAGCAGUUCUAUAUAAAUAAACAAAAUAUGUCGGCUUCUCCUUGAAUGACGUCACAUACGCCCGCGUUGCCAAAUGGGAGAUCCCCUAUCACUAUAGUGCUCAUUACUUUCAACAAAUUACUUUCGACUGUCUUAUCCCAUACAUGUCUUUUCCUUGAAUUCAAUUCCUCUUCAAUAUUUUACGUCGUAAGAUAGUAUUGUGUCCUCUAUUCACUCUAAACCAUGACAAAUUGUAAAUUUUACCCCAGAGUGGGCAGAUUAAAAAAUAUGGCUAUUAUUAAGAGUGUGUAUUAAUUUCCUCUUUAAUUAUCUGUUUGUCGUACUUAGUUUAUAAUAUAAGUAGUUUUGCCAUUUGUUGGUGAAUUAAGUUACAGGUCAUCAGAAUCAAUGUAAUAAUAGCGAGUAUUGAAUAAAUAGUUAUGGAAUGAAAA